AUCAAUUCAUCCGCUCGUCACCGCCGUCGCCGGGGCGUCCGACCAUAGAGUGUAUAUAAAUAAUGGGCGUAGUCACCGUGACGUCACCCAUUGGUUUGUGGACUGCCCGUCGGAAGCCUCGAGUUCAGCGUUACACUCGUCGCCUCUCUACACCGGCAACCCGACUGAGAGAAGCCGCUGCUAAUUCAUGUGGGUGCGAUGACAUCGCAGUGACCUCAGUGAACAGGAAGUGUUCCGCCGUCACAGGAAGUGCCCGAAAGAUCAAAGACAACGCCGCCGACUGGCACAACCUGCUGCUGCGGUGGGAACGGCUCAAUGAGGAUGGCUUCACCACGGCAACCAACAUCACCGACAUUACGCUGACGUCAUCAGGGUCACAAAACCAUCAGCUGCUGCUGGACAAGUCUCCAUCACCUCCAUCAGUUCCAUCAGCUUCCUCUCCGGCGCUGCAGCAUGCCGCCGCCACGCUGCAGGACGAGUGCUGCAAGCUGAAGGACAUUGUCGACAAGAUGGUCGUCGUGGUGAUGAAGAUGGAGCGCCUGAUGACAUCACAGCGUGGCGUUCACGACCUGGAGGAGUUUCAAUUCGGACCCGAAGGACGAAAAUUUCCCCUGUUUCACAGCUGGAACAGCAAACACUUCAGUGAGUCGUCUCGAGUCCUGCUGGACACCUUCUGGCAGGAGCUCAGGUUGAAGCAGACGAUCCUGCAGGAGCUGGCUCACACCAUGACCUCUGACCUCUGCCUGGUGUACCUGUCCUGCUGGCUGCACCAGCCGCUCGUCCCCCCUCAGACCAGACUGAUGCUGGAGGCCCUGCUGCUGGAGACCGGGCACCGCCCCCUCUGAACUCAUCACGGUCAGCUGGAACCAGGAGGACCUGGUUGACCUGAUGGACCCGAUGGACCUGGUGGACUCGUGUUAAUGUCGUGAACAAAGAAUAUGUUUCAUAUUUUAGAUUCUUUUCUUUGAUGAAGAAGGAAAGUUUCCAGUUGAAUCUGAAUCCUGUUUGUUUCUGACUUAAUUCCAGAUGUUCUCUUCUAGUUCUGUUUUUCAUAUUAAUAUGUAAUGUUGGAAAUAACACAAAUAAAGGAAAACCUCUGAAUGAGAAA